CUUAUAAAGACACUGUUUAACUAUGGGAUGGAUUAUUUUGUUUCUGUUGAAUAGAGUGUAUCAGUCACCUAUUCUACUAUCCUUAUACAAAUGGUUUAAAUGUAUAUAUGGACAAAUAAACCAUACAACAGAAAUUAGUCGAUUGUUAUACACGCCAUUGAGUCCAUUUAAGUUGUAUCGUAUAGACAAGUCCAUCUCUUAUUCAAAUGUUUUAAUGGAAGAAAAUUUUCAACUCAAGGAGUCAAUUUGCGACAUUGAUUCCAUAAAGGACUCCAUUAUACAGAAAAAGCAUGUCUCCGUUGACCUGCAUGUUAAUUUACUAAAUGCCUUACAAGUUAUAUAUGCCUCGAAUCAGCUCUUGAACAGUAUCAAUGACUCUAUAUCUACUAAAUAUGACUCUAACAAUAAGGAACAUGAAGACAAACUGCUUCAACUCUGGAACAAAUUGAUACCUAAUAAGUCACUGCAAUCUCGAGUAACUAAGCAAUGGGUCGAGAUCGGUUUCCAGGGAAAUGAUCCAGCCACUGAUUUUCGUGGUAUGGGAAUUCAAGGUCUAGAUGACUUGUUGUUUUUUGCAGAACACUAUCCUGCUCAUGCACGAUCCAUUCUAGAACAUGCCAAUGAUCCCUUACAAUGGUAUCCUUUUGCUAUUGUAGGCAUUAAUAUCACCAAAUUUAAUUAUCAACUUGUGGAAUCAAAGAAACUUCAGCUCUACUUAUUUGAAUAUGGCACAGACGAGCGUGCGUUCCAAGAGUUCUACUGCUACCUGUUUUAUAAAUUUGAUCAGUUUUGGAUGUUUACCGUAAUGGAAUUUGAGACGAGGUUUAAUGAGUUUAAGUUUAUUGUUGAAAAAGAAUUAAUGCAGCAGAAAGUAAAGCCAUUUUCGAUGUUAAUACAAGAUAAUUUACAAAUAUACAAAGAUGAUAAAAAGUUAAAUUAACAGUAAUUUGAUAAUACGUCCU